AGUCUCGCGAAAGGAAGUGCGCGUACAGAAUCAGUUGUGUUUAAUUAAUCCAAGCCCGGUCGCGUGGUGUUUAAAAACAAUAUUUACAUAAUAGAACUGUAGAAUCUUAUUAGUGCCAUAUAAAAUGAGAAAAUGACAUCGACCACUACAACUAUUAGAAAAUCUUAUGGAAAUAGACGUUUGUAUGCAUUUCCCGAGGAUUAUCCCUUUAGAUUUCAAAAACAACAAAAAAGUGUCGGUGUGCCCAAAAAGAAUGAAGAUGUGGCCAAGCUGAUAAAGUACAUUGACGACAACAUCGUUGGAAAAAAUAAUGCGUUUUUGGGACCUUUUGGUAGGAGAAAAGUUGUCUUCUGUGAUUAUGCCGCGUCAGGCAGAUCCCUCCAUUUUAUGGAGGAAUAUAUUUUAAGGGAGGUUCUUCCAACAUAUGGAAACACGCCUUAUACAACUAGCAUAUCUUCAUUACAGACUACGUUAUUUAGACAAGAAGCACGAGAUAUAAUCAGGAGUCACGUAAACGCUUCUGAAGAGGAUGCGGUGAUAUUUACCGGACACGGUUGUUCGGAUGCUCUAGAAAGAUUAAUAACGGCACUAGACUUAAGGGAGCCUCCAGUAGUAUUUACGGGAUUAAACGAACAUUAUGACAAUAUACACUUAUGGCAAAAAACUGGAGCGAAGAUGGUGAGGAUAGCAGAAACGAAAGAAGGUCUUUUGGAUUUAGCAGAUUUAGAAAACCAACUGAAAUUUUAUCAAAAUGCGGGCAGACAGAUAAUAGGAUGUUUCUCUGUGGCUUCCAGUGUUACCGGUAUAGUUAUCGACGAUGUAGCAUGUACGAUCCUUCUUCACCAGUAUGGGGCUUUGUCCUUUUGGGAUUUCAACAUCGGUGCACCCAGUUUACUCAUCGAUAUGAACCCAAACGUUCCUGGUGUUCAAGAAAAUACCUCAUCAUCAGCAUACAAAGAUGCUAUUUACUUUUCUGGACAUAAAUUCGUUGGAGGAGUUCAAACAACUGGUUUAUUAAUUGCCAAAAAAGCUAUAUUCAGGCGGCUGAAUACAUGUGAACCUGAUGGAUUUUUCGUAACCAGUGACCAUGAUAAGAGUUUUGAUAUGCAAGAAGAUGGAAACUGUGCAGCUGUAGUAGAAUCAAUUCGAGCAGGUCUCGUCGUUCAUCUAAAAGAAACUGUUCAAGUUACCAAUAUCAUCCAGCGCCAAGAAAAAAUUAAUAAACAAAUGCUUCAGCACAUCAGAACCAUUCCAGAACUGAUCCUCCUAGGAAAUAACUCACCUAACCUAAAAAGAAUACCUGUGUUUUCCUUUCUUGUACGACAUCCUAGAGGAAGCUUUCUUCACCACAAUUUCGUGUGCGCUGUUCUCAACGAUGUCUUCGGGAUUCAAGCGAGGGCAGGAUGUCCCUGUUCUGGAGCAUAUGCCCAAGAAUUAUUGGGAAUAGACCAAAGCUUAGCAGAUCAAUACGAAAAUAUUAUUUUAGAAGAUAGGCGAUUGAGUAGUCUAAAUCUUGGAGUUGAAAAUUCCACCCUGGAGCUUCUGAGACCAGGUUUUACCAGAAUAAGUCUUCCAUAUUUUAUAAAUGAUGCAGAAUUGGCUUUCAUUAUGGAAGCAGUCAAAAUGGUGGCCACAGAGGGUUGGAAACUUCUUCCUCAAUAUGUAGUCGACUUAGAAACUGCCGAAUGGAGGCAUCAUUCUAAUGCUAUAUCCAAAGAUAGAAAGUGGCUGUCUUCAAUUAGAUAUUUGGAUGGUAAGAUGACCAUGAACGAACGAAGAGUCUCUGGGCCAGGUCUAUUUCCCCAAAACUAUUCCGAAUGUCUGCAAACAGCUAGAAAUUUAUUCAAUAGAGCCAGGAAAACGGCCAACAGGAGUCCAUACCAGGAUCAAGGUAUCGCAUUUGAUAGUCGAGGAGAGAAGCUUAGAUGGUUUAUGCUUCAGCACGAAGCACAGAGUAUGUUGACUAGUAAUGCCCAAAAUGUCAAACAAAAAGUUCCUUUCGAUCCACUUAAUAACUUAUUAUCAAGAAAGCAUGAAAAAGAAAAGGAGAGAGAUAGAGAAAAGGACUACAGCAGCCCAACUUUACACAUGCCACCCAACGGUUCACCUAGACAUUACAGUCUUCCUUCCAUAGAUGAUCCUAAAAUCCUAACUUGUUCGUCACCAGUGCCAUAUUUUCUACAAGACGUGAACGGUCUCUAUUAUCCUCAAAUAUCCCAACCUAGUGUAAAUUUUGCUGUAGGGGAAGCUGUAAAUUCUGCAAAUUUGAACCAUCUGCAACAGAACUUUGCAAGGGAAAGAUGUUUAAGCCUCGGCGCUCCAACUGUCCCAUCGCCAGUUCUUAGCCCUUCAACACGAGUCAGUCUCGGCAUGCACAGCCGCCAGCGACAACUCAGCUACAGCAGCCAAGAACCGAAUUCCUUGGAAUCAGAAUCAAAUCAGAUGUCACCUACCCAUAGUCUUAAUUUCCUGUCGAACAGUUUCGACUGCUUACAAUGUGGUCGCGCUUCUCCAGUACCUGAUCUGCAAACUUACGUCACAGAAAUGACGAAGGAGUUAGCAACGAAUAUAAAGUCUGAGAUUAGAGAAGUAAUUUCCAAAGUUGAAGACGCUUUGGAGAACACUGAUAGCGUGUGUUCGUUUUAUGAACGACACGGGAGUGGGAGCGAGGACGGGAGGAGUGACUCUAUUUCUGCAAAUGAGGUGGCUGAGUACUUAGAAAAAGUUUCUAUUGAAAUGGCAAAUGAAGUUAAGUCUGAAAUUCGCGACGUCGUUAGUGCAGUAGAUGUAUUUAUUACCCCUGACAAUCCUGACAAACUGACCUAUUCUCGAACUUCAAGUAUGGGGGCGUCCUGUGAAGAUAGAUAUUUCCCUCCGUUAAAAUCAGAACAAGAAAGAAGCAGUACAGGUAAAAGUACCGAAUCCAUUCUCCAACAAAUUAUCAACAAAUCCGCCAGCUCAGACAAAAUUCUGGACAAAGAACAAUCCGAAGAAGAAAAGACCCAGAAAACAAAAGUCAACUGUUCAACAGUCGCCAGCGUUAGUAGCCAAGAUAGCGGUAUCAAUCUAUCAUUCCAUGAACAAGAACAUUAUCAAAAUAACGAGCUAAAAUCAAGAAGUAACUCAGAAUCUUUACACGGUCCCAGAAAGUCUGAAUCUGAGAUUAAGUUCUCGACGUUGCAGAAACAUCGACCGAGGUUAAUUAGAGAUUUGAGCGAUGAUCCACAGUUAUUGGAAUCUAUGGCAACAAGAUACACUUUUCCACCUAAGACGAUUUGGGAGCCUUCCAUAGAAGCCAUCAAUGAGUUCGACAUGAUCAAAAAUGGGGACAAAGUAAUGGUAUGCCUUUCCGGUGGCAAAGACUCGUUAUGUCUUCUUCACAUGCUAUUGCAGUAUCAGAACUAUAUCAAGAACAAAGGAGUUUUAUUCAGUAUAGGAGCAGUAACAGUAGAUCCUGAUUCAUCAGGAUGUGACCCUUGCGUGCUGAUACCACAUUUGAAGAGUUUAGGUGUUCAUUAUAUCAUAGAUGACAGAAAAUGUGAUGUCGAAAGUGAACCUGAAAAACUGGAAGGGGCUAAAGAAAAUUACUAUAGUUUUUGUACACAAGCUUUACGGCAUCGACUGUAUUCUUCCGCCAAAAGUUCUGAGUACAAUGUUCUAGCCAUCGGCCAGCAUCUAGAUGAUCUCUGUGAGAGUUUUCUUCUCUCUGUUUUUCAUACGGGAAAAUUAAGAACGAUGAGAGCACAUUAUUAUAUUAGGGAACAUGAGUUACGGGUUAUCAGACCGUUUGUAUAUGUCCGUGAAAAAGCUGUACGUCAGUAUAGUACCAACGAAAAUUUACCAGUACCUACUAGUUCUUCCAGUCCGAAAUUAACCAAGGAAAGUCAACGGAUCAAACAGGUCCUAAUUCAACAAGAAAUCCUGUUCCCGAAACUGUUCUCUUCACUUCGUUUAGCGCUUCGUCCAUUAAUAGGCUCAGAAAUACGCGAAUGUGAAAUAAUGUACAGAAAACGGUUCAAAUCCAAAGAUAAUGACUUGUCUGAUGACGAAACUGACGAGGAACCCGUUUUACAGUAGAAAGACUUUUUGGUUUUCAUUUAAUGGUAAUAUUGCUACGGAGAAAUCAUUAAUAUGAUCUAAAGAGAAAGAGAAAACAUGAAGCAUUGGCUUGCUAUUCUGUGGAAACAUUUCGAUGUCCAAAGAAGUGAUAUAUGAGAAAAUGUUGAAUUACUGUGGUUCUCAAAAUGUGAAAGGGACAGUUGAUGCAUACAAUUUCAAGGCUGUGGAGAAUUCAGUAAUUCGAUCAUUUUUGAUAAUUAUAAACAGAAAAACUAUGUUGAGUAGAAUGAAAAUGGUUCAGAGAUAUUUUGUCUAAAGAGUUUGUUAUUUAGAUUUCAUCCCAUCUUCUUUAUUUAUCACUGAUCCAUAGAUCGAAACGUAACAUUUUCUUGGCCACGUCAGAUUUUGAUAUUAAACAUUAAUCUAGAUAGAAACUUUUAAAUAUUGUCUGUACAUUUUAGUAUUUUAGAUAUUUUUAAUUUUACCUCUUGCACGAGACAAAAGACCUGAGUUCAAUAUGAUGUAAUAUAAAAGUAUGAUAAAAUAAACAGUUAAUAAAAAUCUGUUUUACAGAUUAACGCAUGUGAAAAUCAUUAUUCACAUUAGCUUAAAUAAUAUAUAUAUAUAUAUAUAUAUAUAUAUAUAUAUAUAUAUAUAUAUAUAUAUAUAUAUAUAUACUAACUUGAUUACAAAAGCUCAUGUAUUUGUUCUUACAGUGUCAAUUUCUUCCAAAAUUUGUUAAAGUCGAUCAAAUAAAUUGUUAAAUAAUGCUAAAAAAUUCAUAAAAGUAAUCAUAUCUAGGCUACAAAUGCAAUACUUCACUGUUUGUAAGUAAAAGAUUAAUACAAAAAGCAUUUACUGUCCUAUUGGGACCGUGCAAGUUCGGAAGAGCGACACCUGGUGUCGUAAAUCAGCAAAAUUUACUGCGCUUUCAUGUUAGAUCGAGGUUACCGGAUACCUGUCAAGGACGUAGCCCC